CGCAGGAGGGGAGUGCAGAAAGGGACGCGCGAGCCGCCGUCACGCGAGUCCUUCCCUCGAGCUCCUGGAAGAUUUGGUCGGAGGGGCGAGUCGACAGAGAGAGAGAGAGAGAGAGAGAGAGAGAGAGAACGAGACGGAGGGAGGGAGAGAGGGAGGGAGGGCGCGAGAGGUGAAGUGUCACUGUACCGCUGCAGCGCUUUCCCUGUGCUGGCAUCGCGCGCCACAGCGGGACACACGAGCGUCUGGUCUCUGAACCGAGCGGGAACGAGCAGAGAAGAAGUAGAAGAAGAAUCGGCGAGCGGCAGCAGCGACGCGGAUCGGCGCGCUUCUACGUCCACUAGUGCACACCCACGCGACACGGCCACGGACCAGUGAGCGAGAGAGACAGGCGAUAAAAUGAGCAGCCACAGCCGCCUCCACCAGUCCGCUGCCCCCGCCCCCUCCGUCGCCGCUUCUUCCCCCUCCCCGGGCUCCAAGUCGGCGCUCGGGCCCGAGAAAGACGCCGAAAUGCCGGCCACGGAGAAGGACCUGGCCGAGGACGCGCCGUGGAAGAAGAUCCAGCAGAACACGUUCACGCGCUGGUGUAACGAGCACCUGAAAUGCGUGAACAAGCGCAUCGCGAACCUGCAGACGGACCUGAGCGACGGGCUGCGGCUCAUCUCGCUGCUCGAGGUGCUCAGCCAGAAGAAGAUGUUCCGCAAGUACAACCAGCGGCCCACGUUCCGCCAGAUGCAGCUGGAGAACGUGUCCGUGGCGCUCGAGUUUCUGGACAGAGAAAACAUCAAGCUGGUCUCCAUAGACUCCAAGGCCAUUGUGGAUGGGAACCUGAAGCUCAUCCUGGGCCUCAUAUGGACACUGAUUCUGCACUAUUCAAUUUCCAUGCCGAUGUGGGAUGAGGAGGAGGAAGAUGAGGAAGCAAAGCAGAAGACUCCCAAGCAAAGGCUGCUCGGCUGGAUCCAGAACAAGCUGCCCGAGUUGCCGGUCACAAACUUUAGCCGAGACUGGCAGUCGGGCAAGGCCCUGGGGGCACUUGUUGACAGCUGUGCACCCGGCCUUUGUCCAGACUGGGACUCAUGGGAUGAAAAGAAAUCCAUGGAAAAUGCUCGUGAGGCCAUGAAACAGGCUGAUGAAUGGCUGGGCAUCCCCCAGGUGAUCACCCCAGAAGAGAUCAUAGAUCCCAAUGUGGAUGAACAUUCUGUCAUGACCUACCUGUCCCAGUUCCCCAAGGCCAAGCUGAAGCCUGGAGCUCCUCUGCGGCCCAAACUCAACCCUAAAAAAGCUCGUGCUUAUGGACCAGGCAUUGAGCCCACGGGCAAUGUGGUGAAGAAGAAGGCUGUGUUCACUGUAGAGACGGUCAGUGCUGGGAUUGGCGAGGUGCUUGUUUAUGUGGAGGACCCUCAAGGGCACAAGGAGGAGGCUACAGUUACUCCCAACAAUGACAAGAACCGCACCUACUCUGUGUUCUACAUUCCCAAAGUUGCUGGACGGCACAAGGUGACUGUGCUGUUCGCAGGAGUGCACAUUGCCAAGAGCCCCUUUGAGGUUGAUGUGGCCAUGGCUCAGGGUGAUGCCAGCAAGGUGACUGCCCAGGGACCUGGUCUGGAGCCCACGGGCAAUGUUGCCAACAAAACAACGUACUUUGACGUCUACACAGCAGGUGCCGGAGCAGGUGUGGUGGAGGUGGUAAUUGCGGACCCUAGGGGUAAAAAAGACACUGUCCAGUGUCACAUUGAGGACAAGGGAAACAGCUACCGGUGCACCUACAAGCCAACUCAAGAGGGAACGCACACCAUUCAUAUCAUGUUUUCUGGCAGCCAAAUCCCCAAAAGCCCCUACACUAUCACAGUGGGAGGAGCGUGUAAUCCUGGCGUGUGCUAUGCAAAGGGACGUGGCUUGCAGGCCAAGGGUCUACGGGUGAAGGAGACCGCAGAGUUCAAGGUGUACACUAAGGGAGCUGGUGCAGGAGAGCUGAAAGUCACCAUAAAAGGACCUAAGGGUCUUGAAGAGCCGUGUAAGAAGAAGGACUUGGGUGAUGGAGUGUACAGCUUUGAGUACUACCCUACAACACCUGGGAACUACACCAUCACCAUCACAUGGGGUGGACAGCAUAUACCUCGCAGUCCUUUUGAGGUGAAAAUAGACAACGAGGCAGGACCCCAGAAGGUGCGUGCAUGGGGCCCAGGGCUUGAAGGUGGUGUGGUGGGCAAAUCUGCAGAUUUUGUGGUGGAGGCUCUUGGUGAAAAUGUUGGUACUCUUGGUUUUUCUGUGGAAGGCCCUUCCCAAGCCAAGAUCGAGUGCGAUGACAAAGGGGAUGCAUCAUGUGAUGUGCGGUACUGGCCCACGGAACCUGGGGAGUACGCGGUCCACGUGCUCUGUGAUGGCCAGGACAUCCAGCAUAGCCCCUUCAUGGCUGAGAUCAGGCCAUCACCUGGGAAGGACUUCCACCCAGACAAGGUGAAGGCUUAUGGCCCUGGUCUCCGGAGCACUGGGCUGGCUGUGAAUAACCCGACAGAGUUCACUGUGGAUGCAAAGCUUGGAGGGAAGGCAGCGUUAAAAGUGCAGGCACAGGAUGCUGAGGGCAAUCCAGUUGAUGUGAAGGUGAAGGACAAUGGAAAUGGGACAUACACCUGCAGCUAUACCCCCCGCAAGCCUGUCAAACACACAGUUGUUGUGUCCUGGGGUGGGGUCAACAUACCAGAGAGCCCUUUUAGGGUGACCAUUGGUGCAGGAUGUCAUCCAAACAAGGUGAAAGUGUCAGGACCUGGGGUGGCUAAGACUGGCCUGAAGGCUUUUGAGCCCACCUAUUUCACUGUGGACUGUGCUGAGGCCGGCCAGGGAGAUGUUAGUAUUGGGAUUAAAUGUGCCCCAGGUGUACUGGGCCCUACAGAAGCGGAUAUAGAUUUUGAUAUAAUCCGAAAUGACAACGAUACAUUCACUGUCAAGUACACACCUCCAGGAGCUGGAAAUUACACUAUCAUGGUGCUUUUUGCUGACCAGGCUGUCCCAAUGACACCGAUCAGAAUCAAGGUGGACCCUGCUCAUGAUGCCAGCAAGGUUAAGGCUGAAGGCCCAGGCCUUGACAGGAAUGGUGUAGAACUGAACAAGCCCACUCACUUCACUGUGAAUACCAAGGGGGCAGGCAAAGCCAAGUUGGAUGUCAAGUUUACGGGGCCUACAAGGGCUGAAGCUGUCCGUGACUUUGACGUCGUCAACAACAAUGACGGCACCCACACAGUGAAAUACACACCUGUACAACAGGGUAACAUGGGGGUAAAUGUGACGUAUGGCGGUGAUUCCAUCCCCAAAAGCCCCUUCCCUGUGACAGUCGCCCCCUCUGUUGAUCUCAGCAAAGUCAAAGUGUCUGGGCUGGGAAAGAAGAUAGUGGUGGGUAAGGACCAGGAGGUCACAGUCAGUUCUAAAGGAGCUGGAGGACAGGGCAAAGUGGGAGCCUCAGUAACUGGGCCUACUGGCAAGCCUGUGCCUAGCAAAGUGGAGCCAGGCUUGAGCCCCGAGACCAGCCAGGUCCGCUUUGUCCCUCGUGAGCAGGGUCCUCAUAAUGUGGCGCUCACCUAUGAUGGGGCCCCCAUUCCUGGGAGCCCCUUCCCUGUGGAGGCUGUGGCUCCUGUUGAUGCUUCCAAGGUGCGUUGCUCAGGCCCUGGUCUUGAGCGUGCCAAGGUUGGAGAGACUGGGCAUUUUGUGGUGGAUUGCACCAAUGCUGGACCUGCUGAGCUCACCAUUGAGAUAAUCUCUGACAAUGGCACUGAGGCAGAAGUGCACAUCCAGGACAAUGGAGAUGGCACUUACACUAUUAAAUACAUCCCCCUGUACCCUGGGGCAUACACACUCACCAUCCGCUAUGGUGGCCAAGAUGUGCCAAAAUUCCCCUCUAGACUCAAUGUGGAGCCUGCAGUUGAUGCCAGUGGAGUUAAGGUGUUUGGACCUGGAGUAGAAGGAAAAGGAGUCUUCCGUGAAGCCACCACUGAGUUUACUGUGGAUGCCCGUGCUUUGACCAGAUCUGGAGGGAAUCAUGUUAAGACUCGCAUCAGUAAUCCUGCUGGCAGUCGAACAGAUGCACUCGUCCGAGAUCUUGGUGAUGGUACAUAUAAAGUGGAAUACACACCUUUCGAAGAAGGCAUGCAUAAUGUGGAGGUGACUUAUGAUGAUGCCCCUGUACCCAAAAGUCCAUUCCGUGUGCCGGUUACAGAGGGCUGUGACCCGAACCGUGUGCGGGUUCAUGGUCCAGGCCUCAAAUCUGGCAUUACUAACAAACCCAACAAGUUUACAGUGGAGACUCGUGGUGCUGGUACUGGUGGACUGGGCCUUGCAAUGGAGGGCCCAUCUGAGGCCAAGAUGUCCUGCAUUGACAACAAAGAUGGUAGCUGCACAGUGGAAUACAUCCCCUAUGAGCCAGGCACAUACAACCUCAACGUUACUUACGGGGGAAGACCAGUCAAGGGGAGUCCUUUUUCUGUGCCUGUCCAUGACACAGUGGAUUCCUCCAAGGUGAAGUGUCAGGGUCAAGGUCUAGGCAACAAUGUGCGGGCCAACGUCCCUCAGACCUUCACUGUAGACACCAGCAAGGCUGGGGUAGCCCCUCUGCAGGUGAAAGUGCAAGGACCCAAAGGUGUGGUGGAACCAGUGGAAGUGGUGGACAAUGCAGACCAUACUCACACAGUCAGUUAUGUUCCCACCAAAGAAGGACCGUAUUCCAUCAAUGUUCUGUAUGCUGAUGAAGAGGUCCCACAUAGUCCUUUCAAGGUGAAGGUGCUACCCACCCAUGAUGCCAGUAAAGUGCGAGCCAGCGGCCCAGGCCUCAGCACCACUGGUGUGCCAGCCAGUCUGCCUGUGGAAUUCACCAUCGAUGCCAAGGAUGCCGGGGAGGGUCUGCUGGCUGUGCAGAUCACUGACCCAGAGGGAAAGCCCAAAAAGGCUAACAUCCGGGACAACAAAGAUGGAACAUACUCAGUGUCUUAUGUGCCAGACAUGACUGGCCGCUACACAAUCCUCGUGAAGUACGGUGGAGAUGAGAUACCAUAUUCACCUUACCGCAUCAGAGCACUGCCAACUGGAGAUGCCAGCAAGUGUACAGUGACAGUCUCAAUUGGAGGUCAUGGGCUGGGACCAGGAGUGGGUCCAACAAUCCAGAUCGGUGAGCAGACUAUGAUCACUGUGGAUGCUAAGGCGGCUGGCAAGGGCAAGGUAACGUGCACAGUGCGCACUCCUGACGGUAGCGAGGUGGAUGUGGACGUGGUGGAGAACGAGGAUGGGACCUUCGACAUCUUCUACACAGCCCCACAGCCUGGGAAGUAUGUCAUCUGCGUGCGGUUUGGAGGAGAGCUCAUCCCCAACAGUCCCUUCCAUGUCACUGCACUGGAGGGAGGCCCUACUGAGCAGCUCCUGCAACAAGCCCAGGUCCCCCAGUAUGCCUACAUGCCCAGUGUGGGCCAGCCCUGGGCCACCGAGAGGCCAGUUGGAAUGAAUGGUCUGGACGUUGCUGGGUUGCGACCUUUUGACCUGGUUAUCCCAGUCACCAUCCAGAAGGGGGAGAUCACAGGCGAAGUUCGAAUGCCUUCCGGUAAGGUUGCCAAACCAGACAUUAAGGACAAUAAAGAUGGAACCGUGACAGUGAAAUUUGCCCCCACUGAGGUUGGGUUGCAUGAGAUGGACAUUAAGUAUGACAGCAUUCACAUCCCAGGAAGUCCUCUGCAGUUCUAUGUGGACUAUGUGAAUAGCGGCCAUGUAACUGCUUAUGGUCCUGGGCUGAUCCAUGGUGUGGUCAACAAGCCAGCGGUCUUCACAGUAAACACCAAAGAUGCUGGAGAUGGUGGUCUGUCCCUGGCGAUUGAGGGACCCUCCAAAGCUGAAAUCAGCUGCACUGAUAACCAUGAUGGCACCUGCACAGUGUCCUACCUGCCUGUACUGCCAGGGGACUACAGCAUCCUGGUGAAGUACAAUGACAAGCACAUCCCAGGAAGCCCUUUCACAGCCAAGAUCACAGGUGAUGACUCCAUGAGGAUGUCGCAGGUGAAAGUGGGGUCUGCAGCUGACAUCCCUCUGGACAUCGGGGAGCUGGACCUGAGCCAGCUAACAGCCUCGCUGACUGCUCCCUCAGGGCGUGAGGAGCCCUGCCUACUCAAGAUGCUGCGCAAUGGGCACGUGGGUGUCUCCUUUGUGCCCAAGGAAACGGGGGAGCACCUGGUGAACAUCAGGAAGAAUGGCCGUCAUAUCCCCAGCAGCCCAAUCACUGUGGUGAUCAAACAGUCUGAGAUUGGAGACGCAGGAAGAGUUCGUGUGUCUGGGAAAGGCCUCUCCGAGGGUCGCACAUUCGAGCCUGCGGAGUUCAUCAUUGACACGCGAGAUGCUGGUUAUGGAGGCCUCAGCCUGUCGAUUGAAGGGCCCAGCAAGGUGGACAUUAGCACGGAAGACCUAGACGAUGGCACUCUCAAAGUCACAUAUAUCCCCACCGAGCCAGGAAACUACAUCAUCAACAUCAAGUUUGCAGACCAGCAUGUCCCAGGCAGUGCUUUCACAGUGAAAGUGACUGGUGAGGGCAGGAUGCGGGAGAGCAUCACCAGACGCAAGAAGGCUGCCAGUGUGGCUGGAAUAGGCAGUCAGUGUGAUCUGAGCCUAAAGAUACCAGAAAUUACCAUUGCCGACAUAACCGCUCAGGUGACCAGCCCCUCUGGUAAGGUUCACAAAGCUGAAAUAACGGCAGGAGGCGAUGACACCUAUAGCAUCCGCUUUGUGCCCUCGGAGAUGGGCAUCCACACUGUCAGUGUCAAAUACCAAGGACAGCAUGUCCCUGGGAGCCCAUUCCAGUUCACUGUGGGGCCACUGGGAGAAGGUGGGGCACAUAAAGUGCGUGCUGGGGGACCUGGACUCGAGAGGGCUGAGGCUGGAGUUCCAGCGGAGUUCAGCAUCUGGACCCGGGAGGCUGGUGCUGGGGGCUUGUCCAUUGCUGUGGAGGGACCGAGCAAGGCAGAACUCACCUUUGAAGAUCGCAAGGAUGGGUCCAGUGGAGUGUCAUAUAUUGUGCAGGAGCCAGGAGACUACGAGGUGUCCAUCAAGUUCAACGACGAGCACAUUCCAGACAGCCCCUUUGUGGUACCUGUGGCAUCUCCAUCCGAUGAUGCUCGCCGCUUAACUGUUGCCAGUCUUCAGGAGUCUGGGUUGAAGGUGAACCAGCCGGCCUCCUUUGCCGUGAGCCUGAAUGGUGCCAAGGGUGUCAUUGAGGCCAAGGUACAUUGUCCUUCUGGAGCACUGGAGGAUUGCUACGUCACUGAGCUUGAUGAAGACAAAUAUGCGGUGCGAUUCAUUCCCAGAGAGAAUGGGAUCUACUUGAUUGAUGUGAAGUUCAAUGGCUCCCACAUUCCUGGCAGUCCCUUCAAGAUCCGUGUUGGGGAGACCAGUCAGGCUGGCGACCCAGGCAUGGUGUCUGCCUAUGGACCUGGACUUGAAGGCGGCACAACAGGCUCUUCUUGUGAGUUCAUUGUUAACACCAGCUCUGCGGGCACUGGAGCCCUGUCAGUGACCAUUGAUGGCCCUUCAAAGGUCAAAAUGGACUGCAAGGAGUGUACUGAAGGCUACAAAAUCUCAUAUAUCCCCAUGGCCCCUGGGAACUAUCUGAUCUCCAUAAAAUAUGGUGGACCCUACCAUAUUGUGGGAAGUCCUUUUAAGGCUAAGAUAACUGGUUCACGCUUAGUUAGAAGCCACAGCAUGCAUGAGACGACCUCUGUGCUCGUGGAUCCCGUGUCUCGUAGUAUUACAACCAGCCAGCAGGAAGAACCAUCAGAUGCAAGCCGUGUGGUUGCCAAGGGCUUGGGCCUCACUAAAGCAUUCCCUGGUCAGAAGAACAGCUUCACUGUCGACUGCAGUAAAGCAGGGAGGAACAUGUUGUUGGUUGGAGUGGAGGGGCCCAGAGUGCCCUGCGAAGAGGUCCUGGUGAAGCACUUGGGCAAUCGGCUCUACAAUGUGACCUAUCAGCUCAAGGAGAAGGGCGAUUACAUCUUGGUGGUCAAGUGGGGAGAUGACCACAUCCCCGGGAGCCCGUUCCACUUCACGGUGUAAUCCGACCAGGUCCUUUGGUUCUCCCCAGCACAUGGUUCUAAAUGAUGAGCACAGAAACACUGAAAAUGGCGUUCUUUCAGUCUCCCUCUACUCCUCUUGACCUCCUUGCUUUCUCUCAAUAAAGAAAUGAGACACCUACAUCCAUUAGCUUUCCUUUGCUGAUGUUUACUUUUAAAUGACGUGAUUCAGGCCGAUGGACUCACUAGCAUGGUAGCUUUAGAAGCUGCUAGUUUUUCCCUUUCCUCCUCCCCUUCGAGCACUGCCGUUGACAGCUUCAUUUAUUAAAGAUGUACGUAUGGCUUACUGCAAAUGAUACGUGUUGCAUAUCUAGAAUGGAUCAGGCGCUUAUCACCCAAUAAAUUCUAAUGGGUAAGAUUCCCGCAAGGUUAAUUUCACAUUAGACUAAGAAUGCAGCAAUGGGGCCACAUCUUGGGUUUGAGUUCCUGAAGUUGUAGUCUUGCCAAUUAAAUGUGUUGGGUUUAUUCAGUCAUUAAAUGCUACUUUACAGCAUAUUUGUCACUUUCUGAGCAGCUGUAUUAAGAAAAGUGAAAAGCAUGAAGUGGAAAGUAGAAAAAGAGGGUGUACAUCAUGACUACUUAGGAUAGUAAAUGCAGUUAUAGGUUCACCUAAAAUUGUUCAAACAAUUUUUUGUCCCAAGGAAAAAUUGUCACUUCCAGUCUUGCUUUCUAUUUGUGGUUUAAUGUAAUUGUUUCAGAAGAAAAUAAAUGUAUGGUCUAUUUUAAUAGUGGGAAUAAAGGUAGAUCUGA